CAGGGUUUUGAAUCUUCUUUCAGUUAUGGUUUGCUCUUAAAUUGCGGCUCAAAGUAAGUGCUGAAAUAUAUUUUGAAAUAUAUAGUUUGUGGUUGUUAAGAUAUAAAAACAUGUCUGCUGCUAUGCCUAUAAAUCCAAAACCAUUUUUAAAUGGAUUAACUGGUAAGGCUGUAAUUAUUAAAUUGAAAUGGGGACAUGAAUAUAAGGGAUACUUAGUUUCCGUUGAUGGUUAUAUGAACAUGCAGCUAGCAAACACUGAAGAACAUGUAGAUGGACAAAUUGCUGGAAACCUAGGCGAAGUUCUUAUUCGUUGUAAUAAUGUUCUUUAUAUAAAAGGUAUUGAUGAUGAUGAUGAGGAAGGAGAAAUGAGAGACUAAAACAUAAAAAUAGUCACUAUUUUGUGUUAUAUAUAAAAUAAAACAAAUUUUUAUAAA